UGUGUCGAUUCGAUCGAUGCUGUUGUUGGUAGACCGAAAAAAUAUUUAAAUUGAAAAGAAACCAAAAAACGGCAAUAAACACCAACUUACUUAAAGAAAAACUGAAGUUAACUGUUCCUUAGCUGUAGUGAGUACAGUUUUAUUGUCUGAAUGUGCCUUUUAUCAGUGUAAUUACCCGAUAGCCGGUACCGAUAGUAAACCUGCAAUAUGACCGAGACUUCGUGCUAUAUCCUGGACAACGGAGCCUACACGGCCAAGGUGGGCUUCUCCUCUAUGGAGCCGAAGAUCGUGCCGAACUGUAUCAUGAAAGCGAAGUCGGAAAGACGUCGGCCUUUUGUCGGAUCUCAGAUAGACGAUUGCAGAGAUGCAUCUGGUCUUUUCUACAUCCUCCCGUUCCAAAAGGGUUUUCUAAUCAACUGGGACACACAGAAAACGGUUUGGGACUACAUUUUCAGCAAAGAGUGUUGUCCAGUCAACUUUAACGACACCCCGUUGAUUAUAACCGAGCCUCUUUUCAAUUUUGCGUCGAUACAGGAGGCCAUGACUGAGAUUUUCUUCGAAGAGUACGAGUGUCAGUCGUUAUUGAGGAUUAAUGCAACUGAUCUAGCGGAGUAUUGUUACCGGAAGACGCAUAAUAACCAGUGCACCGUUGUUGUUGAUACAGGAUAUAGCUUUACGAAUAUAGUUCCGUAUAUAAACGGCAAGAAGUACCGGGAAGGCAUAAGGAGGAUAGACGUGGGCGGCAAAGUGCUGACGAAUCAUUUGAAGGAGAUAUUGUCGUACAGGCAGCUCAAUGUCAUGGAUGAGACGUAUGUUAUCAAUCAAGUCAAAGAAGACUCAUGUUAUGUGUCACAGGACUUUAAAGGCGAUAUGGAGAUAGCUAGAAAGAAAGGUAAUGAAAACAGCAUAAUAAAGGACUAUGUUCUUCCCGACUACACAACUAUACGACGGGGAUUCCUUCGUGACGUUGUCAAACCAGACGAAGACUUGGAGCAGCAGACUUUACGUUUGAACAACGAACGAUUCACGAUACCAGAAUUAUUAUUCCACCCUUCAGAUGUUGGAAUCCCACAGAUGGGCAUUCCAGAAGCUAUAAUGAAUUCUAUUGAGGCGUGCCCAGAAGAGAACAUGGAAAAUUUGCUGGGAAACAUAGUUUUAUACGGUGGAAACGCCUUGUUUCCAGGUUUCCGUGACCGUGUUUACAAUGAAGUUCGAUCUCUAGCACUAGACCACUUCGAUGUCAAUGUACAUUUAGCAGAAAAUCCUGUUACGUAUGUAUGGGAAGGCGGAAAGACUAUAUUUAGAGAUCCAGACUUCUAUUCGUUCUGUAUGACGAAAGAGGAGUAUGAGGAAGAAGGGAAGGCUCUAGCGUUUGAACGGUUUGACAUAUAACGGAGAAAACGAGCGAGACUGUCUUCUGACUAAGGCUCCUCGUUCGUUAAACGAUGAAAUGUUAAAUUAAUUAAAUACUAAAAGCUGUUCCUAGAUGAAAUGUUUAAGUGCUGGCGAAUUCUGAUUCAUAAAGUGAAUUUCUGAUAGUUUUCAUUCCGGGAUUGUUUUACGGAGCGAAAUAACUACCUACAAAAAACGCCGAUGCGAAGCGAUUUCGGAAUGAAAUCUGUCACGUUUGUAAUUUUGUCUACAAUCCGAUCGAGCAAACUACGCACCUCGCUGGAAUGCGACUCUCCGCACACCUUCCCGCUGUUGCCCGGUCCGUACCACAGCGUCGAUGUGACGUCACGGCUGUCAGGUGCGCAGUUAAUUAACUCGCCCGGGUUGUAAGGAGGAUGCCCUAUCCAGUGUGGUGCAAUUGAACAUCCUUGCAAUACCCCCCGGCGCUUAUGAAUAUUCUUAACUAGACGUGGACGCUGUUUUGUGGUGGUCCCGGAAUCAAAGCUUGAGUAGAUAUAAAAAAAUUGUAACUAGU